AGUACUUUACUUAUUUUUUAUCACUAAUUACAAUAUGCCUAUUAUGGUCGAUGAUCUUGUGUACUUUACUGUAUUUCGGUUUAGAAUAUAUUCCAAAUUAAUAAAAUUGUACUUUGUUUUCUCUAUGAGAUUGUAAGUCGAAUGUGUGUGGGGCUACACACACAUGUGUGUAUUGUUAUCUUGCUCGGGGAAGCGCCUACUGUCUACCUUUGACGUGUGCCACGUGUCAUGCGCACGAUCCUCGCACGUUGCCGCGAAACUCAACCCAGCAGCUGUUUAUCAUGAGAUUUGUACCUAUUCUUCAUUGGCCCUGCAUCUGUUCAUAGAAGCACCUAAAAGGAACAAUGUCCUUUAUACCCCGGUCAUUCUAGUCAUGGACGUAAGUCUGGAUAGACGUGCACUGGAACUCUUCUAGUCGAGAAACACACCUCGGGGAAAGCAUCUGUAUAUUAUCCAGCCUUAAGAUGUCGGCUUGGAAAGAAGAGCAGAGGAGACAGAUCGCUGGAGAUUAUAAAUCAAGUUUUAACAUUAAUGACAAUGAAACUACGCCGAAGUGUCUAAUACGAUCAACAUUAGAUGUGUAUAAAUCUGGUGAUAAACAGUAUUUAAAUACUCAGGGAUGUUUUUCUUCAAAGUGCAAAAUCUACUGUUUGUGUAGGGAUUCGCAGGUUUCCAGUUUUAUGCUACUUAAUUCCUCAGUCAAAGACCUCCUAGUCACAUUACAUAAUUGUAGAGGUAAUUACCUCGCAUCUUUCGGUGAUAAUAGUACAGGCAUACUGAGUUCAGACGACCAGCAGGCUGAUAACCACUAUAUUUACAGCCCAAGCUCUAGUAAAAUGAGCUAUUCAACAAGGCACGAGCUUUCUAGCAGUAACUCGAGCACCUUAACCAGUAGGUUUAAUGAUAGCGAACCAUACAGUGAAGCUCUUUCUGUUUCUCCUCCACUUUGUAGGCUUCUGAAAGAUGUUAGGAUCGACAGUCCUGAACAGCAGAGGGCGCUAAGGAGAAACAAAUCUCUUCCUAAUCAUCUAGAAUUUGUGAACAAGGAGAACAUCCCAAACAUUUUUGAAGGAGAUAAUACAGAAAAUACAUCUUCUCAAGAUGGUGGCCUACCUAAUUUCCUCGAAAAAAGACUGAACUCAGAUUCACUAUCCAGUGGCUUUGAUGAAUUCAACCAAGAUACAGAUCAGUCCAUUAUCAGAGUUUCUUCCUCAAACAUGCUGUGCCCACCUAACUUUUCUACCUUUGAAGAAAAACAUUGUUAUAAUGGCUUGUAUGAUGUAUUUGAUUCUACUGAAAAUGGUGCAAAGAAUAUAUACACUAAACCUGGAAUUGUUCAGGAGUUUUUUUCUAAUAUAAAAAAGCCAUCAAAAAAGAACUGCAGACACAUAAUUGUCUUUCAUUGUGAAUUUUCUUCCGAAAGAGGACCUGCCUUGUACAAAUUCCUAAGAGAAAUGGACAGACAAGCCAAUAAAGAGUGCUAUCCUCAGUUAUACCAUCCAGAAAUGUACAUCCUUAAUGGAGGUUACAAAGCUUUCUACGAGAAGCACUGGGAGUUCUGUGAACCCCAGCAGUACAAACCCAUGAAACAUAAAGACCACAAACAUGAUCUCUGUCAUUUUCGUGCCAAGUCUAAAUCUUUGAACGAAGAUUCUAAAACAAAAGUAUCUGUUCCUUCAAGUUUGAUAUUUUAAUGAAAACUAUGAUAAUUGUACAGUUUUUGUUUAUACAACUAAUAACUAUAUACAUGUAUGUUUCUUUGUAAUUUUAUAAGAUGGUUAUUAUUUACAAUAAUGAUAUUUUAUGUUAAAUAUCAGUAUUAAUUCCAUUGCAAUUUGAGUUAAAUGGGCUUUCUCUAACCCAUGCAUUAAUGUUUCAUAAAUUGAUCAACAUUAAAGUACAUUAACUUCAUGUCAACUCAAGAAAUAUAUUUUCAAUACCACUAUGUUUUAACAUUAUAUUUACAAGAUAGGUUUUAAGCCUACAAAUGACAAAUUGUUGGUUAUUUUAUUUAUAUUUUUACAUCAAUUUUUAGUUUUUUUUUAU